AUGAAGACUUCCACCUACGGCAUGCUCGCUCUGGCAGCAGCAACCAAGCUCGCCACCGCCCACACCACCGUCCAAGCCGUCUGGAUCAACGGCGAAGACCAAGGCCUCGGCAACACCGACGACGGCUACAUCCGGUCCCCUCCCAGCAACAGCCCCGUCAAGGACGUCACCUCCACCGACAUCACCUGCAACGUCAACGGUGACCAAGCCGCCGCCAAGACCCUCUCCGUCAAGGCCGGCGACGUCGUCACCUUCGAAUGGCACCACGACAGCCGUUCCGACUCCGACGACAUCAUCGCCUCCUCCCACCUCGGUCCCGUCAUGGUCUACAUGGCCCCCACCAUCAAGGGCUCUGCCGGUUCCAACUGGGUCAAGAUCGCCGAGGACGGUUACGAUGAUGGUACCUGGGCCGUCACUAAACUGAUCAACAACCGCGGCAAGCACAACAUUACCGUUCCCGAUGUCCCGGCCGGUGACUACCUCUUCCGUCCGGAGAUCAUUGCCCUCCACGAGGCCGAUCGUCAGGGUGGUGCCCAGUUCUAUAUGGAGUGUGUUCAGUUCAAGGUCACCUCUGAGGGUUCUGUCGACCUGCCCACUGGUGUUUCUCUUCCGGGUGCUUACUCCGCCACCGACCCCGGUAUUCUUUUCAACCUGUACGGUUCUUUCGAUAGCUACCCUAUCCCCGGCCCGGAUGUCUGGGAUGGAACUAGCUCUGGCUCCUCUUCUUCCUCCUCCUCCUCCUCCUCCUCCUCCUCCUCUUCUUCCGCUGCUGCCUCCCCCACCACCGUCGUUGCUGCUCAAUCCACCAGCAGCAGCACCACCCAAGCCGCCCCCACCACCUUCGCCACGAGCGUCAAGUCCACCGCCAAGGCAUCCGCCACUGCCUGCCGCGCCAAGUCCAAGUCCAAGUCUAAGACUUCCAGCGCUGCCGCUACUACUGCCGCUGCUACCACCGCUGCUGCUGUUACUUCCGAUGUUGUGGCUACUUCCAGCGUUGCUUCUGCCUCUGCUGCUUCCAGCGCCAGCUCUACUGGUGGCGUGGCCAAGUUGUAUGAGCGCUGCGGUGGCAUUGGAUACACGGGUCCGACGGCCUGUGAGAGUGGGGCUGUUUGCACGGUGCAGAACCCUUAUUAUUCGCAGUGUGUGGCUUCUCAGUGA